AUGGCCUCUGCUGUGCCCCACAAGGAGGAGGCUGCCCAGAGCUCCCUGGAGGAGGAGGAGGAGCAGGAGGCUGCAGUGAAGGAGGUGGCCAAGCUGAGCCUGGUGAGCUCUGCCUGUGAGGUGGUUUCUGCAGCUUAUGCCUCCAGCAAGGAGAGCCAGCCCUGCCUGAGCUCUGUGUGUGAUGCUGCAGAGAAGGGAGUGCAGAGUGUGACCCAGGCCAUGGCCAGCUGUGUGCAGCCCGUGCUGGCCACCCUGGAGCCCCAUGUGGCUGCUGUGAGUGAAUAUGCUGCCAAGGGUUUGGAUAAACUGGGGGAGAAGCUGCCACUCCUUCCAAAGCCAGUGGAACAGAUUCUGUCUGACACAAAGGAGCUGCUGUCAUCCAGAGUGGCUGAGGUGAAGGAGGCUGUGAGCAGCAGAGUGCUGGAGGUGCAGGGCAGCAAGGGGACAGCCACACCUGCAGUGACCAGUCUGGAGCCUGCAGUGGCACAGAUGGGUGUCCUUGGAGCAGAGACUGUGCUGGGGACAGCAGAAGGUGCCUCUCUGCCCAUUGGAAAUGAGGAGCUAGCCCUGCUGGCAGAGUGUGAGGAGGGCACGGCAGCUCUGCCCCUGGAGCAGCAGCGGUGGCACAGGCGGCACUUUGUGCACCUGGGCUCUCUCUCUGAGGAUCUGCACCUCUUGGCACAGCUGCACUCCACAGCCAGGAUCCAGCAGCUCUGGCAGGGCAUGCAGGGGCCCCUGGCACAGCUCCACUGCAUCCUCGAGCUGGUUGAGGCAUUCAAGCAAGAAUUUAAUCAAAAGCUUCAGGAGGGGCAGGAGAAACUACACCAGAUGUGGCUGGACUGGAGUAGGAAGUAUCUCAAAGAGAGUGGAGAUGGAAGCCCUGCAGAGCCUGAGGAGAUGGAGUGUCUGACGCUGCUGAUGGCCCGCAGGAUCAGCCAGCAGCUGCAGCUCUCCUGCUCUGGGCUGGUGGCUGCCAUGCAGGACCUGCCCUGCAGCCUGCAGGACGAGCUGCAGCAGGCUCUGGGUGCCAUCAGGGAGCUGCAUGCUGCUUUCUCAGAGGCAAACUGCUUCCAGGACUUGUCCAGCAGUGUCCUGACCCAGAGCCAGAGGGAGCUGGCUGUGAUCCAGGAGUACAUGGAGGAGCUGCUGGAUUACCUGAAGAACAACACUCCUCUGUCCUGGCUGGUGGGACCUUUCUCCCCCAGGGAGGAGGAGGAGAAUCAAUCCUCCCCAGAGGAGGAAGGGGCAGCAGGAGCUGGGCAUCUGGAAACCUCCAGCACCCCCAUGUAA